UAAAGAUGGCUGCCUCCGUGUUCCAUGCGUGUGCUGUGUUAUGGUCUGAACAGUGCAUUAUUUCUCUUUAAUCUUCAGUACUUACACUGUUAACUAAUUUAUUUCCCUCGUUUAUAUACAAAAUACUUAAAUAUGAAACCGAAAUUCAAGCGAAAAGGAGGCGGAAAAGGGAAACAGUCCAAAGAUAAUCUUCACAAAUUCAUGAUUUCUGUGCACAACUUUGUGAAAAGAGAAGGAGGAGAUGAUGAAGAGGAGUCACGCGUCUACGUGGAUACCUUCUCUAACAGGAAAAGCCGUAAAGAAAUGCGGAAAGAGAAGCGAAAGCUAAAGAAGAGGAAAAAGAAAGGAAAGCAGCCUGCAGAGGAGAAGAAACAGAGUGUCAGUGUGGAAGCUGCUCCACAAAAACCUUCAUCAAACCCUGCUGGUGCUGAGCUCAGGGACGAAGAGAAGAAACCGAAAAGAAAAGUGCGUUUCGAGACAACAGCGCCGCAGCCUGAGAAGAAAGCUAAACUGCAGGCGAUGAGGAAGAAAGCGCUGAUAGAAGCCAAUGAGGUGGAGGAUAGAGAGAUCAAGAAGCUGGAGAAACGUCUGGGGCUCCAUAAGAGGAAGAACAAGAAGAGCCUUCCGCAGUCGUUCGUCAGUGACGGCCUCGAUUACAUUCUGGGCAUCCUGGAGCCUGGAGGCUCUGGUUUUUACGCCAGCGAUGAGGAAGAGGAGUCAGAGAAAGCCAAGAGAGGGCUGGAGAAGUUAGAGGAGAUCAGUGAGGAUGAGGAGUCCGAACACACCGGUGAUGAGGAGGAAGAAGAUGAGGGUGGAAAUGAAGUGGAUGGGGAGGAGAAUGAAGAGGAGGAAGAAGAAGAGGAGGAGGAAGAAGUAGUAGAAGGAGGAGAGGAAGAAGUAGUAGAAGGAGGUGGAGAGGAGGAGGAAGAAGAUGAAGAAGAAGAAGAGGAGGAGGAAGUAGAAGAAGAGAGUGAUGUGUCAGAAGAAGAGGAUGAGCAAGAUGAUGAAGAAAACUCCCAAGAUAAAUCAUCUCGCAGUGAAGCAGCAGGUAAAUAUGUCCCUCCUCAACUCCGUGAAGCAGACGACAGCAAGCGUAAAGCUGAGUUGGAGCGACUGAAGCGCAACCUGAAAGGUUUGAUGAACAGGUUGAGUGAACCCAACCUGGGCUCCAUCAGUGGACAGGUGGAGGAGAUGUACAUGAGCAACAGCAGGAAGGACAUGAACGACGUGCUGACUGAAGUCCUGAUGGCCGCCUGUGUCACGCCGGCACUGAUGCCCGACAGGCUGCUGAUGGAGCACAUGUUGUUAGUCAGUGUCCUGCAUCACACUGUUGGACUGGAGGUCGGCGCUCAUUUCCUGGAGACGGUUGUGCGGCGCUUUGAUGAGACCCAGCGUGACAGCUCCAUCGUAGGUAAGGAGUCCUCCAAUCUGGCUUCCAUGAUGGCGCACAUGUACAACUUCCAAGUGGUGCACUCGCUACUGCUGUUUGACGUGCUGAAGCGGCUGCUAGCGUCGUUCAUGCCACAGGACGUGGAGCUCAUGCUGCUGCUGCUGAGGAACGUGGGCUUUUCCCUGAGGAAAGACGACCCUCUGGGCCUGAAGGAGUUGAUAUCUGAAGCCCAACGCAAAGCCAGCACAGAAGGACCGAAAUUCAACGACCAGACCAGAGUACGGUUCAUGAUGGAGACCAUGCUGGCGCUGAAGAACAACGACAUGCGGAAAAUACCAGGUUACGACCCUGAGCCUGUGGAGAGACUGAGGAAGCUGCAGCGCUCUCUGAUCCAGAACCGGGCGAGUGGCACUGAUGUGAAGCUUAGGGUAUCUUUGGAGAAUCUUCUGGAAGCACAGCGCGUCGGUCGCUGGUGGAUCGUCGGCUCGUCCUGGAGUGGAGCUCCCAUGAUUAAUGAGGAGAAACCGACAGAGCAGCCUGUUAAAGGGGAACAGUUCAGUGCCAAAGUACUGGAGCUGGCCCGCAAGCAGCGCAUGAACACGGACGUCAGGAGGAACAUCUUCUGCAUCAUUAUGACCAGUGAGGAUUACCUGGACGCCUUUGAGAAGCUUCUCAGACUGGGUCUGAAAGGUCAGCAAGAGCGUGAUAUCGUACAUGUUUUAAUCGACUGCUGUCUGCAGGAGAAAACCUUCAACGGCUUCUACGCCGUUUUAGCAGAGAAGUUUUGUGAACAUGACAGACACUUCCAGAUGACUUUCCAGUUCUGUCUGUGGGAUAAAUUUAAAGAUCUAGCAAACCUUUCGAGCAGUUCCUUUGCAAACCUCGUCCAGAUGGUCACACAUCUCUUAACCAAGAAUUCCCUCUCACUUUCUAUCCUCAAGGCCAUAGAGUUUGGAGAACUUGAUAAACCCAAGGUCAAAUUUUUGAGACAGAUCCUCUCCAGACUCUUCCAGCAUACUCAAGAGGAGGAUCUGGUUCAGAUUUUCAGCCGAAUUUCAGGAGUUCCCAAGCUAGGAAUGCUACGUGAAGGACUGAAACUCUUUAUCAAGCACUUCCUGCUUCGGAGAACACAGACGGAGGGAACGCUGCUCACGACGAGAGCCGAGGUGGCCAUCAAGGCCAUGGAGGCGCAUGACACCAAGCUCAUGCUGUAGAACACAAACUGUUCCUCUUGUGUGACUUGUUUUUAGUAAUUCAACAGAUUCUGUCCAGCAGGUGGCUCUUCAACCCAACAUUCUAGAACUCUCAUUUUUCACUUAACAUUUUUUUAACUGGAAGAUGAUUUGUUGAUAAUCAGCUGUGGAAAUAAGAUAUAUAUAUAUAUAUACACCAGACAGUUCACACAAGUGUAUAUACAUCUCACUUGUUGGAUUAACAACAUUGAAUAUUGCUUUAUACUUUCAUAAUAUGGGUAAAACAUUCAUUUUAAAGUAUUUAAUCAGUCAUGACAUGAAAAGAUGCACAAGACAGAUCUGGAAAAUGACUAAUUUAGUUGGGAUCAAUUUUCUAACAAUAAAACAAUUAACUGAUGCUUUAUAAAAUGUAUAAAUGGAUGAGUUAAGGAAGAAAGACCAUAACUAAUAAAAUGUCAUGAUGA